CAGAUGACGACAAGGAGGGGCAGUACAGAUGUCCAUGAGUUCAAUGGGCCUUUUCUUGGCUUUCAUGCUCAUUUCAAAGUGACUUCAGUUAUUGGACAUGUAUUCAGAUUUUCCAGCUUCUUAUCAAGACUGGAAUGCCACUAAUCCUCUAGACCUAUUUCAAGCAUCAGUUAUCAAGACAGAAUCAAACCCAAAGGCCCAUAUUUCUAGACAUUUAAGUCAAGAGGCUCGUGGUUGUGGUCAUUUGGUAUUAUGGUUGGAUUGUGAUCGUGAAGGAGAAAACAUUUGUUUUGAAGUCAUUGAGUGUACGGGAUUUCCCAUGAAUGAGGCAAAGAAAAGGGUUUAUCGUGCUAGGUUUUCUUCUGUGACCGAGAAAGACAUCUUGAAGGCUAUGGACAAUCUAGUGGAACCGAACAGACACGAGGCACUGGCUGUGGAUGCUCGGCAAGAGAUAGAUUUGAAAGUUGGUGUUGCAUUUACCCGAUUUCAAACUAGUUAUUUUCAAGGAAAAUAUGGGAAUCUUGACUCCAGGGUUAUCUCCUAUGGACCAUGUCAAACCCCUACACUUGGGUUUUGUGUGCAGCGAUAUUUGCAAAUUAAUACUUUUAAGCCUGAAAAGUUUUGGGCAUUACGUCCCUAUAUUAUUCAGAAUGGUUAUGAGCUUCAUCUAGAAUGGAAACGUCAAAAGUUGUUUGACUUAGAUGUUGCAACAAUGUUCCAAAAGUUGGUGACAGAGGAUGGAAUUCUUGAAGUAAUUGAUGUAUCAGAAAAACAGGAAAGCAAAGGUCGACCUUCUGGUCUCAACACAGUGAAUCUUUUGAAGGUUGCUUCAAGUGCAUUAGGCUUUGGACCUCAGACGGCCAUGCAAAUUGCUGAACGCUUAUAUACACAAGGUUUCAUAAGCUAUCCACGAACCGAAAGUACAGCAUAUCCUUCAUCGUUUGACUUCAAAAGCACACUUAAGGUACUAGAAAACAAUCCACUGUGGAGUGACUAUGUCCAAAGACUGCUUGCUGAAGGUUAUCAUAAACCACGCUCAGGAACAGAUGCUGGUGAUCAUCCUCCUAUAACUCCAAUGCGACCAGCAACUGAGGAUAUUCUUGGAAGCGAUGCUUGGAGAUUGUAUCAGUAUGUCUGUCAACAUUUUAUAGGAACUGUGUCUCCUGACUGCAAAUAUGUGAGGACAAAAGUAGAAUUUUCAGUUGGUGGAGAAUUCUUCCAUUGCAUUGGGCAGCACGUCACGACACAAGGAUUUACAUAUAUUAUGCCAUGGUUGGCCAUAAAUGAGAAAAAUCUUCCUCAGUUUACAAAAGGGGAGAAAAUUGAAGUUUCAAAAGUGGAGUUAUAUGAGGGUGAGACUUCACCCCCUGAUUAUCUCAGUGAGAGUGAGCUCAUUUCUCUGAUGGAGAGGAACGGAAUAGGCACAGAUGCAUCAAUACCUGUGCAUAUAAACAACAUAUGUGAGCGGAACUAUGUGCAGGUACAAGUUGGUAGGAAGUUGGUUCCAACUACUUUAGGCAUAACACUGAUACGAGGCUAUCAAUGCAUUGAUCCAGAUCUUUGUUUGCCAGACAUUCGCAGUUUCAUUGAGCAUCAGAUUACUUUGGUUGCUAAGGGUCAGGCAAAUCAUUCUUAUGUUGUGCAGCACGUACUACAGCAAUUCAAGCAAAAAUUCAGUUAUUUUAUUCAGCAGGUUAGAGAACUAUAUGUUGUACUUGCAUGCUUAAACAGCAUCUUGGAUAAAGUACAUGAAAAGCAUAGAACAAUUGUGAUUGAGAACAUGGAUGCCUUGUUUGAAGCCCAAUUCUCCCCACUAUCUGACUCAGGACGUGCUCUUAGUAAAUGUGGUAAAUGUUUGCGGUACAUGAAGUACAUCUCUACACAACCACAACGUUUGUUUUGUGGCACAUGUGAGGAGGUUUACUACCUUCCUCAAAAGGGAACAAUCAAGCUGUACAAAGAACUUACAUGUCCUUUGGAUAAUUUCGAGCUUUUGAUCUUCUCCAUGCCUGGUCCGGAAGGCAAGUCAUUCCCUCUCUGCCCAUAUUGCUAUAAUAGUCCUCCAUUCGAAGGAAUAGACACUCUCUUUGGUUCCACAAAGAUAGGUAGUACAGGGAAGUUGGGGAAGGGAGCAGGCAUGCCAUGCUUCCUCUGCCCACAUCCCACAUGCCGACAUUCUCUGGUGGCACAGGGAGUCUGUGCUUGCCCCGAAUGCAGUGGAACCCUUGUUUUAGACCCAGUAAGUGCUCCGAAAUGGAGACUUUAUUGCAAUAAAUGCAACUGCCUUGUCUUACUCCCUGAGGGUGCUCACCGGAUUGCUACUACCCGAGAACGCUGUGCUGAAUGUGACUCCACAAUCAUAGAGGUAGACUUUAAUAAGAAAACAACUCCUUUGGAAGAUGGAGCUACAUUGCAUACUGGUUGCAUUCUUUGUGAUGAGCUGCUUCAUUCCCUUGUGGAGGUGAAGCAUGGUAAAUCAUUUAACAGAGGCUUCGGUGCAAGAGGAAGAGGAACGAGCAGAGGCGGGUAUAGGGGAAGGGGACGUGCAGCUGGAAAAAGGGUUGACCCUAAAAUGAGUUUCAGAGAUUUUUGAAACUUAUUUUCUAUAAACUUUUCCUUUCAAGUUAGCUGGAUAAAUGGUCUGUAUGAUUUGAGCUAUAACUGGAUUUCUUUUUCUUGGUAAAGAGCUAUAACUGCAUUUGAGGAAUGGUCUGUAUAAUUGAUGAUGAGCUUGGGAAUUACCAGAAGAGCUAAGUUAGCAAUGCUAUAGCUAAGGCAGCAGCUGGAGAACAAAAUCAUGGCGGUCAUGUAUAAAUGCAAUGAAAAUUUUAUGUUAAGAGAUACAGUAACUUGAAACAAUAAAUUCAACUUUGCUAUUUUAAUAUAGAAAACGAAUGUUUGAUUCCUGGAAUAGAAUGAUGAAGUAAAAUUAU